AUGGCGGUGGAAGAAGAGCCGGCCGCUCCAAGCUCCAUCAAGGACCGAAUCACAGCGUUGAAGCUGUCGCAAGUUGGCAACAACAUCCCCGGUCAGCCGCCACCGACCCGUCAGCAGUCCGCCAAUGGUACUGUCACCGGCACUCCACGGCCACGACCACCGCCUCCUCCUAGACCAGAUUUACCUGCCCGGCCAAAUCGUCCACAAAGCCCGAACGUCCCUUUGACCGUGGACAACGGAGACAUCAUCAACAGGCCCAUAGGCAAUCAGCCGGAGGCAAGCCAUGCGAAUGAAAGACACGCAAAUGGUAACGGGAUGGCAAGACCACCGCUUCCCCCAAGGACUUCCACCCAGUCGUCGCAGGCCUCGCUAAGUCCCGCGUUGCCACCGCGGAGGCCGUCUGGGCAGCCAGCUCCAAGUCUUCCGCCCAGAAGACCGUCGGAAGCACCUUCACAGCCAGAUUAUGAGCGAAGUCGAAGGGGCUCCACGGACUCGAUGAGUUCCAUAGCCACUACCCGCUCGAGCCUCUCUGGGGUAUCCAAUGCGACGUCGCUCACAUCUAUGGGCGACCGUAGAGUCAAAGCUCCAGAAUUUGAUCCAUCUUCUUUACCUGCGCUUCCUCCAAAACGCACCAAGGAGGAGAAGGAGGCGGCCGAGAGGAAGUAUGCUGGCAUGCGACCUUUGCGUCAGACGAAAUCGUCCCCGAAGGUGCAGCAAGUUGCCCAGGGAACUACUCCUCCACCUCCUGCACGCCAACCUGAAAUCCCGCCUCCAGUGUUGCCAAACAUACAGCCGUCUUACCAGGCUCAAGCUCAGCAGUUAGCAAUUAGGGCUGGCCCAAAGCCAGCGAGAGCAGAACCUCCGCCUCCUCCACGAGCAAGACCGUCUGCUUUGUCGUGGGGAAUGAACAAAUCUACAAACGAACCGCCGCCUCUCCCUGAGAUUAGGACUGAUCGAUCGCAAAGUAACAGUGCACCUCCGCCCAUUCCAACAAGCUCGAAGCCUGCGGUGCCACUUGCCUCGAAGCCAAAGAUGAAUAGUACCGCCGCGGCGGCUGUCCCAUCCAAGCCGGUAGAAAUUAACUCACCUGAUCAUCUCGCGCAAAUCAUUGCUUCCUCGCAGUAUGCGAUUGUCGAUUUCUAUGCAGAUUACUGUGGACCUUGUAAAGAUAUCUCACCAACUUAUGAUCAGCUCUGCUCGCAGCGGUCCCGGCCAGGGCAGAUCACCUUCGCCAAAGUCAACAGGCCCGCGAGAGAAGACUGCUAUUCCUUAUAUGGCGUUCGAGCUAUGCCAACGCUGCUGUUUUUCAAGAACGGGUCCGAAGUACAACGUCAAGAGGGCGCAAACCAGGAGCUUCUGAAGCAUUGGGUGGGCAACUUCCUCACGGAUGUCCCUGCUCAAUCAACUUACGCUCCGCAAGCGUCUGCACGCCCAUUGAUUUUGGCCGGCUCGUGCUUGCACUGCCGCGACUUCUCAGGUCCCGACAACCAUGCAGCUCGAUUUCCCAGACAAUCCGUUCCAUCAUUAGACGUCGGAUGGCUAGCUCACCAGCUCACUUCACCUUUCCCUUCGCUGACGGACAAAGCCAGAGUCGUCUUCACUUGGCUUCACCACAACAUUGCCUAUGAUACAGAAGCAUUCUUUGGCAACAACGUCAAACCCUCGACUCCUCAGUCCACCCUGCAGAGCGGCUUGGCUGUAUGUGAAGGGUACGCUGGCCUCUUUACAGCGAUCGCAAUGAAAGCUGGCUUAGAAUCUGUUGUCAUUGGAGGAGGCAGCAAGGGCUACGGUCACACUGCCCUGAAACCUGGAGAACCGAUUCCUCCGUUCCAAUCAACCCACGCUUGGAACGCGGUGAAGAUCGACAACGGUGAGUGGAAACUAAUAGAUUGCUGCUGGGGUGCAGGUAGCGUCAAUGGACCUGGGCAGGGCUACAACAAACGCUUUGCGCCAGAACGUUUCACUCAAACCAAUAACGAAUUCGGCUUGGACCACUACCCAGAAGAUAGCAGCAAGCAGCUUCGCACCGAUGGCCGUAUCAUGUCGUGGGAAGAAUUCAUACUCGGCAACAAGAAUGGCUGUGGCGCUGACUUCUUCGCUGGCUACGUUGCAGAAGAAGGAUUGGAUAAGACGACGUUUCAACCUGCGUCUGGCAAGAUUGCCCUGUCUCAGCAGCCAGGGCCAACCGUUCGCUUCGCAUUCCAGAAGAUAUGUCCCCACUGGGAUCCGGUGCGAUGCGGACAAGGCCCGCAAUACCUCUAUAUCUUGCACUGUGAUGGGCUCGACGGAACUCCACGCAAUCACAUCCCCUUCGAGACGAAUGGAGAUGUUUGGUGGUGUGAUGUACCUGUGCAGGACCUUGGUCGCCCUGGUCAGAAAGUGGAGAUUUUCGUGGUCAAAACGUUCGGGGACGAUGACGGUCGCGGGUUGACGAUACAGAGUUAUCGACAGCAGAAAGGACGAGUGGGGUAUUCCUUUGGUGGUGUAUGCAAAUGGGCCAUUGCUUGA